AACAUAUGACGUCUGUGAAGUACAUCCAGGACCCAAUCUGAACAUGAUUGUAGGCGCUAACGGAACAGGAAAGUCAAGCAUUGUUUGUGCUAUCUGCCUGGGACUGGCUGGAAAACCUUCUUUCAUAGGGCGAGCUGAUAAGGUUGGUCUCUUUGUAAAACAGGGAUGCUUGAAAGGUGUAGUAGAAAUUGAACUGUCUAAGAAACCUGACAAUAUCAUCAUCACACGUGAGAUUCACGUGGUGAACAACACAUCAUCCUGGUUUAUCAACAGAAAGCCAACAACCCUGAAAACAGUAGAAGAGCAGAUUACAGCCUUAAACAUCCAGGUGGACAAUUUGUGCCAGUUUCUUCCUCAGGACAAAGUUGGAGAAUUUGCAAAACUGAGUAAGAUUGAAUUGCUUGAAGCCACCGAAAAAUCCAUCGGUCCUCCAGAAAUGUACCAAUUUCACUGUGAACUGAAAAACUUCAGAGAAAAGGAAAAAGAACUGGAGAAUUUGUGCAGAGACAAAACUAACUCUUUGGAGAAAAUGAAACAGAGGCUUGAACGAUACAAACAAGAUGUUGAGAGAUACCAUGAGCGCAAGCGCCACCUAGACUUAGUUGAGAUGCUUGAGAGGAAAAGGCCAUGGGUGGAAUAUGAAAAUGUUCGUCAGCAGCAUGAGGAAGUGAAACAAAGCCGAGACCAAGCCAAGGAAGAACUGAAGACUCUGAAAGAAAUGCAGGCCUCAAUGACAAAAAAACUCCAAGAAACUGAAGAUUAUUUUCGGAGUCUGGAUAUGAAAAUCAGAGAUAAGACUACUGACAUCAAAGGCAUUUCUCAAAAAUGUAAACAGAAGCAAGAUGCUUUGGAGAUGAAAGAUAAACAAAUUGAAGAAAUUCAUCAAGCUUUGAGAAUGAAAAAAGAUGAAGAAAUGGACAGACAGAGGAAAAUACACAACACUCACAAGAUGAUAGAGGACUGGAAGAAUGAGCUCAGUACAAUGUCAGUCUGUGAUAAUCUUCAGCAAAAAACUGAUGCUGUUAAUAAUGAGCUGAAAAAAUUACAAGAAGAAAGGGCAAAUACUGAUAGUGAUAUCAGUGACCUAACAACAGAGAAAAUGAACCAAGAGAGGGAAAAGAAUAGAAUAAUUAAUUGCCUUGGACAACUUAAUAAUAUAAUGAAAAUGAAGGAAGAGACUCUUAAAGGGAAAUUCCAAGACACACACUCUGCUCUUAUGUGGCUAAGAAAGAACAAAGACAGGUUUAAAAAAAAAGUCUGUGAACCCAUGAUGCUUGAAAUCAAUAUGAAAGACAGUAGACAUGCUAAAUAUGUUGAAAAUCACAUUUCGGGCAAUGACAUGAGGGCUUUCGUUUUUGAAAGUCAAGAAGAUAUGGAAAUCUUUCUUAUGGAGGUGCGUGAUCAUCAGAAACUAAGAGUGAAUGCUGUAUGUGCACCUGCUAAAUCAUGUGCUGAAAGCUUACCUUCGAGACCUAUUGAGGAACUGCACCAAUACGGAUUUUUCUCUUAUUUACGAGAGUUAUUUGAUGCUCCUCAUCCAGUGAUGAGUUAUCUUUGCUCCCAGUACCGUGUUCAUGAUGUCCCUGUGGGAACAGAGAAGACCAGAAACAUGAUUGAAAGGGUCAUAAAAGAAACCAACUUGAAACAAAUAUACACAGCUGAAGAAAAAUACACUGUUAAAGUAUCUGCUUAUACAAACCUAACCCUCUCUACUAACACAUCCCUGAGAGUGGCACAAUUUCUCAUUUGUUCAGUGGAUACAGAUGAAAAAAAACAGUUGGAAAACCAGCAACAGGACGUCAAUAACAAGUUAAAGUCAUUGGAUGUGCAUCUGGCUACAUUGUUUGAGAGACAGAAACAUCUGGAACACAGAGACAAUGAGCUCAGGCAACAGAAGAAAGAGCUUUUAGAGAGAGGAAACAGGAGGAGACAGUUGGAAUCAAAAAUUGCUUUGAAGUGUGAGAG